CAAGUUGCCCCACAAAAGAAGGAGCCCGAGAGCCAUGCGCGUAUGCCUGUGCUGUGGAGCAGAGCCGAUGGGCCAAUACACCUCUAGAGCCCCUGAUGCUGGGGCAGGAAUUUCAGCAGGAGGCUCUUUUGCACAUGAACACUGUUUCUUCUUCUCUUUUCAGCCUGACAAUCAUCCUGGAAACUGCUGGCCCUUCCCAGGAAGUCAAGGGCACGUCUUCAUCAUGUUGCCCAGGGCCAUCUUUCCCACGGCAGUCACACUAACCCAUGGAAUUCCAGCAAAUGCGUACCAUGCAGACAGCAUCUCCAGUGCUCCUAAGGACUUUGCUGUCUACGGCCUGCAGGAAAAAGAUGACGAGGGAGGAACUUUGCUAGGAGAGUUCACCUUCACGCCAGGCCAGACUCCCAGUCAGACCUUCCAGCUGAAGAUAAGAAUGAGCACUCUGGGCUCAUCAAUUACGUAAAGCUGCAAGUGCUGAGCAACUGGGGCCACCCGGACUACACCUGUGUGUGUCAAUUCAGGCUCCACGGCAAUCCAGCUCAUGAUGAUGAAGAUAAGGGAAAGCUUUACCUGUCACGGAGGAAUCUCUAGGUCUGAGCCCGUGACAGGGGUGCAAACCCAGGGGACGAAAGCAAGUGGCAAAAGAAAUUACCCUACCUACCUACUAACAGCGCGGCACAUCCGGCCCCGGCUCUGUGACUAACAAGGCAAGGCAUGAUGUGGGCCAUGCGCUCCAGGAGAGGGGGGAGGGAGAUAACACAUGCGUCUAACAAAAAAAAAACAACAACCAACAACAAACUCAGAAUAAAUUAAUUCAACUUUUCCCAUCUUGAGUCUCUUUUGUCCAUCAGAGUAACUGUUAAGAGAUC